AUGGAAUUCGCGAAGGGGGAGAGUAGCACGGAUCUGACUCUGCCGAUGUGUAGUUGUGGAUUGCCUGCUAAGAUCUUCACAUCGAAGACAGAACGGAAUCCUGGUAAAAGGUUUUACGGCUGUCAAUUGUACAAGGUCGCUGGUACUCAACACUGCAAAUUUUUUAGGUGGAUUGAUAUAGCAAAUCAUAGAUGCAGCACUGAAGAAUAUGUUGUCGAAAUUGAAGAGAAGGAGAACCUAAUUCAUCAACUUCGGAUUGAUAACAUUGAAAUUCGUAGACAUUUCGAAUAUCAGUUGGAAACAGCUGAGAGAGUCAUAUACAGGCAACGAUUGGUCAUAGCUGGGUUAUCUGGAAUGCUUGUGUGUGCCUUCGGUGUUAUUGUAUUUGGUCGAUUUUUGUAG